GCACACUCAGACAUCGUCAAGCCCUUUCUCGACAGCAUAUACUCACCUCUCUUUCUCGGCUGGGUCGAGUGGCCCGUACACUGUCCUACAUCCUGUCUCCAUCAUCCAUCAGUGACACCCCACACUCCGAGUCUAUACCAUUACGGCCCUUGCGUCCCAGGGCAAGCACCAACGUCCAUAAGCCUCUAAAAUUUUCAGAAAUGAAGUUCAGUUCUUCUCUGAGAUUCAAUGCGGUGGCCGAGUGGUGGGAUGAAUAUAUUGCUUAUGAUGUCUUGAAGAAAUACAUAUAUCAGCUUGAGAAACAACAGCACGAUCAUGACCUGCCAACUGCGUAUCGUGAUGUAGAGGCUGGCGAGGAAACUACGCUCGUAGAUCAUACGCAAGACUCGCCCGUCGAUACUCUCUUCAUACCCCUGUUAGAUCGUGAACUAAAGAAAAUAACUCUCUUUUAUGAAUCUCAGCAGAAAGAGCUGUUGGAUGAACUAGAGGAGGUAGAGGGCCUCACUCGUUAUCUGGACGAUGAUGACGAUGAUGACGACGACGAAGACGACGAGGAUUAUAGUGAUAUGACUAGGAGCCAAGAGGGCAAUUUUCAAUACAAGCGAAGACGUCGACUGUCCAGUUCAGCAGGACGAAUCCCCGAGGAGCCUCUCGAGUCCCUUGAGCGUCGUUAUAGCGUCUCUUCCAGUGACGGUGGUAACGCUGCGGAUUUGGAAGCUAGUUACAUUUCUUUAAACCCGACUGCACCUUCUCAGAUCCCUUCUUCAUCGAGAGGCGAAAGUACUAGUAAAUCACCCUCAAGAAAAACGCGAGUCCUUGCAAACAGGCUCAAAGCUAUGAAGGACAAUGUCACAUCUUCUAUCGUUGGUGAUACAAUUUGGACAGCAAAAUCUAGUUAUGCUUGGGAUACCCGGCUUCUGUUUAAACGCAGGAUCACUACCCUUUUUGUGUCUCUAUCUUCCCUCAAGUCUUAUGUCGAUAUCAACUAUGCAGGGUUUCGAAAGAUUCUGAAAAAGUACGACAAAGUGACAUACAGCGAGCUCAAAGAUCGUUAUUUACACGAGCUCGUUGAAGAGUCCACCCCUUUUACUCGAGAAUCCAAAGACAAACUCAACAGUGCGAUCGAUGUACUGGUUGAUUUAUAUGCCAAGUGCGUCACAAAGGGAGACAGGGGAGCGGCUCAGCAACAACUGAAGCUUCACCAACGAGAGAACAUCGCAUGGGAACGCAAUACAGUCUGGCGCCAGAUGAUUGGUCAAGGACGACGUGGCGAGACUGAUGAACAGGGUGAAUUACUCGGAGCUAGCGUCGUGCUAGAAGAGGAUAGUGGCUUGGUCAACGUCUCAACGCCUAUCGGUCGAUUCAAAUUGACAAGCAAGAAGAUAUCACUAUUAACGGCUGUCGCCGUGUUCAUCCUGUUUUUGAACAUACAGGUUGUUGACGGUAUAGAGGCUAACAGAUGUCUUGCUAUCCUGAUAUUCAGUACGAUAAUGUGGGCAACUGAGGCCAUCCCGUUAUUCGUUACCUCCUUAUUUGUUCCUCUGCUUCUGAUCUGCCUAAGGGUCAUACGCUCACCAGAAGAUGACACUCGUUUAUCCACACCUGAUGCUACAAAGUUCAUUUUCUCCGUUAUGUUCUCGCCAACCAUCAUGCUUCUUAUCGGUGGCUUCACCAUCGCCUCAGCAUUGAGCAAGACGAAUAUUGACCGCAUUUUGAUUACACGCGUGCUAAGCCUCGCGGGCUCGAAGCCCAGCUCUGUUCUCCUGGCAUUCAUGGGUGUUUCCUGUUUCGCCAGUAUGUGGAUCAGUAAUGUAGCUGCACCUACGCUAUGUUUUACUUUGAUUCGGCCCAUCUUGAGGACGUUGCCACCUAAAUCGACGUUCGGUCCUGCACUUAUUCUCGCUAUCGCUCUCGCGGCGAACAUCGGGGGCCAAAGUUCUCCAAUUUCAUCGCCGCAAAAUCUCAUCGCGCUUCAAGCGAUGGAUCCGAUGCUCGACUGGGGUAAAUGGUUUGCCGUGGCUUUGCCCGUGUCCAUCAUCUCAAUCCUGCUUAUCUGGCUGUUACUGCUCGUGAGCUACCAUCCAGCGCGGUCGCCAGACGGCGAGGGAGAGGUCGAGAUAAGAACCAUUCGGCCUACGAAAGACCCCUUUACUCGUAAGCAGUACUGGGUAUGCUUCGUCUGUCUGUUCACCAUUGCUCUGUGGUGCGUUGCACACGAGAUCGAGGAUUACGUAGGUGAUAUGGGUGUCAUUGCUAUCAUACCGAUCGUAGCAUUUUUCGGAACUGGUGUGCUCAAAAAGGACGAUUUCGAGCAAUUCGCUUGGACUAUCGUCUUUUUGGCCAUGGGUGGUAUUGCUUUAGGAAAGGGCGUGACCGCUAGCGGCUUGUUGGAGACAAUGGAUGAAGUCAUCCGCGAUCUCGUGUCGGGAUUGUCCCUGUACACGGUCGUCCUCGUGUUAUCCCCUGUGGUCCUGGUUAUUUCCACAUUCAUCAGUCACACCAUAGCUAGCGUGUUACUCGUACCCAUCGCGAAGGAAGUGGGUUCAAACCUACCCGGCAACCACGCAAACCUGCUCAUCUUCAUCACCGGGCUUAUCUGUUCCUGUGGUAUGGGGAUGCCUGUUUCUGGGUUCCCAAAUCAGACUGCCGCCACCCAAGAAGACGAGCUCGGUCAGCUGUAUCUUUCCAACGUAGAUUUCCUCAAGAACGGCGUGCCUGCCAGCAUCAUCGCUACUUUAGUGGUGUCAACCGUUGGCUUCCUUCUGAUGAAAGCAAUCGGGCUCUGAAAGAACUCUGGUACCAGUUUUGGAGUAGUGCUUUCUUUUUUUUUCCUUUUUGUUUCUGGACUUGCACGCUUUCGAUCGUAAUUUAUCUACAAGUCUCGUACAACCUGGAUCUCUCCACCUAUGUCUCAGCCCGUCAUUCUAUCAUCACACACCCAUCAGAACUUUUUGCCCAUCUCCAUUAGACAAUCUCGUCUCAGUCAUUAUAAUCCUAAGCAUGUUU